CCACGCAACCAUCGGAGCCAUCGCCCACCGGUCUCUCCACGCGCAAGGAAGAAGGUUCGCGAAUUCUCCGUUCGGCUCGCUUCUUAUUUCGCCCCCCCCCCAGAGCCAAAAUCUGAUCCCAAAAUCCAUCGCAGAGGACUGGAAGGACCGUCCGGCUGGGGCGACCAUGGCUUACGUCGAGAGAGAAAUAAUUGCAUGGUUGUUAAAUCUGUUCGGAUUUGUCUCUGGCGCUGAUUGUUUUCUGUGGCUAUAUGACUGCGUUUUUGGUCUUAGCUUGGCAUGUGUCGUGAAAGGCAAGCGUACAAUAUGGCGAUUAAGCAUAAUCCCUGACUUCUUUAAGGCUGUUUUGAACUUCAUCAGAAUGUUCUUCCUCACCAUGUUCUCUAUUGAGAAAACAGACAGCUAUAAGAAAGGAUAUGGUGGUGGUAAGAAAUGGGAUGGUGGACCUGGUGGGGGAGGUCCUGGUGGUGGUCCAUAUGGCGGUGGAGGUGGCGGGGGUGGUGGCCCUCGCGGUCCUCGCACAUUGUCUGACCUCCGGUCAAAUGAUCAGAGUUCUCUCCCUGCUUGUGGAUCCUGCUGCGGUUAAGGAGCACACAGCUAUCUUUAUGACUGCUUAACAGAAGCAUACAAACUUAACGAGCACAUAAGAACCUUUGCAUGUUUCAGUUUCAGCCGAGCAAAAUUGUUGGACGUUUGUGAAGACUCUAAUACGUCAAGUAAAUAAUCUUUAGGUUGUUUCUCAUGCAAUCUGCAUACUGGCAUACUGCAUUCAUCAUCACCUGUCUGGGCUUGUGAUAUUUAAUCAUCGUUAGUGGAGUCAUGAAGUCAUGAAUCAUAUUGCUAUACAGUUGUUCGGGUUUCGUGUCC